AUGGCUUGGUUGGUUGUUUUCCUCCUCUGCCUGGGACAAGCGAGUGGUCAAUUUCUGGGUGAUUCAACUGAAAGCGAUCCAGAUUUGGAAGAGGAACUGCUCCACCUCCUGCUGAAACUGGAUCAGGAAGAAGCUUACGACACCCUGCUGGUUUACGGAAAGAGUUGCGUUUUCCACUCCAUUUCCAGGCGUUUAGAUGUGCCCACAGUGCUGGUUUCUUCGGGUAGCACCCAUUUCGACUGGGGUUUCAGCAGCCUGGCUCUGAUUCUGAGUUGUGGACCAGAAGACGAAUGCGAGGCCAACUACCGCACUCUCCUCAAGUUGCAGAGAAACAGACGAAUUGUCUACCUACCACUGGACUUCGAUCACGAUUCUGUGUGUGAAACGUACUUCCGCAGGGAGCAGUAUAAUGUGGCUAUGAUAAGAGCAGACUUUGAUAACACGAAGUUGAUAUACGCCUGUCGCUUCCUUCCCCAUCCCAGAAUUGAAGAAAUAGAUGUAAUGGAAGCUAAGUCGAUUUAUAUCGAGCCCUUUCAAAAUAUGCACGGAAUGCAGAUCAAGGCAGUGACAGACUUACUGGCUCCUCGAUCCAUGAUGUAUUUGGAUCCAAGGAGUGGGGAAAGGAAGUUGACGGGAUACGUGGCAAAUCUGUUCAACACCUUCGCUCAAAGUGUGAAUGCCACUCUGCAGUUUGAAACACUUGGCAGGAAUCUCCCCUAUAAGGAGAUUAAAAGGAGAAUUUCGGAGGAUGAGCUCGACAUUGGCAUUUUCCUGGAGGGCUCGGUCUUGGUCACCAACGGUCUUGAUACGGCCAGCUAUCCGUUCCUGCUGACCACCUACUGCCUGAUGCUUCCGGUUCCCUCAAAGUUGCCGUUCAAUCGGGUGUACGCCAUUAUCGUGGAUCCCCUCGUUCUCGGCAUUAUCUUCGUGAUUUUCUGCCUGCACUCUGGGCUGCUGAUCUACAGCCGGAAAAUGUCUUGGCGAAAUCUGAGCAUAUCCAACGUCCUGGUGAACGAUAUAACCCUUCGCGGUCUGCUGGGCCAAUCGUUUCCCUUCCCCUCCAACGCAAACAAGCAGCUGAGGAUGAUCUUCUGCAUCCUGUGCUUCGCCAGCAUCAUGUUGACCACCAUGUACGACGCCUACCUGCAGUCCUUCUUCACGGAUCCCCCGACGGACCACGAAAUUCGCUCCUUCGAGGACAUUGGCAGGUUUCACCAGAAGAUUGCCAUUCCGGCGCUCGAGGUGCAUUCGCUGGUGAUAGUCAACAAUUCACAGUUUGGGGAAUUAAACAAAGAAGACCUUUUGGUCAUUUCGAAUUGGAAGGAUUAUCUGAACCUGCGGGACUCACUUAAUGUUAGAUUUGGAUACCCAGUCACUGAGGAUCGGUGGAGCGUCUACGCCGAACAGCAAAAGUUGUUCAAAAAACCCGUUUUCUAUUUCGCAAAAGACCUGUGCUUCUCCCGCCAGCUUUUCAUGUCCAUUCCCCUGCGAAGAUUCCUUCCCUAUCGCCAUCUCUUCGAGGAUCACAUUAGACGGCAGCAGGAGUUUGGACUGGUCAACUACUGGAAGAGCCACAGCUUCUUCGACAUGGUGGGGCUGGGCAUAACACCCCUCAGUGACCUCAGUCCGCAGGUUGAGUUGGAUAAAAGCUUACUACUCCAGGAUGUAUCCUGGAUAUUCAAAAUCUAUCUGGUCGCAAUGGUGAUUAGCGUCGUCUGCUUUUUAAUCGAGCUUUUAAGCAAAGUCGAGAUAUGGAAGAUGUGUUUUCGAAAGAUAAUAAAGUAA